UACUACAUCUCAGCGUUACGCCUUCUCAGCACAAAACACCGCCGCCGCGGCUGCAGCAGCAGACGCUAACGCUGACGCCAACGUCGACGUCGACGUCAACGCCGCCGCUUUACUCAAAAAAGCUGCUGACUCAAACAAAUUUUCAAAUGGAGACGAAGAACCCGCCCACAGUCACCAGCAGCUAUCACCAUCAGCGAGCGCCGCGUACGCCGGAGAGCUACUUCAAUGUGCCGGAGUCGGUGGCGCUGCUGAACAUUGUCAAAUCGGAGCGCAUCCAAAGCGCCUUCCAAUCGAACCGCAAGAAUCAUGCGAGUGUGUGGGAAAUGGUUGCCGAGGUCCUAAAUCGAUUCAGCGCCCGAAAACGAACCGCAAAACAAUGCUGCAAUCGCUACGAGAAUCUCAAGAAGAUCUACACACAGCUCAAAAAGAAUCCCGAACGUCAUGUGCGUCGCAAUUGGCCGUACAUGUUCCUGUUCAAGGAGAUCGAGGAACAGCGCGGCGAGUGCUGGGGAUCGAAUGGCAAACGUUUGGCCCUCAUCUCCAAGAAUCACAAUGAAUUGUCCUACUAUCAGCGACGUCGCCAGGCCGCCGAACUGGGCGUGCUGCUCAACAAGGACAAUCUGACGCCACAUCAGCACAAUCUGUUGCAGAGUCUCAGUCAUGCCGCCCACUCGACGGACUCCUCACAGAGUGGGGCCAGCAAACUGGAACGCUUCCUGCCCAAUCACUUUGUGGAGACCCAGUUGAACGAGGCGCCCGUCGGAAUGCCCGGUCUGCCCUCGCAAGUUGGCUGCUACGAUGACAAUCCUCUUCAGCUGCAGGUUGCCGGCGCUGUGGCAGCCGCCGCCGCAGCUGCCGCGGUAGCAGCUCAACUCCAGGGCAAUCCCAGCACCGCUCUCAACGAGGAGGAACCUCAGCACAAUCAACACAACCACAAUCACAAUCACAACCACAGUCACAAUCAUAGCCACAAUCUCAGUCACAGUCACAAUCUCAGUCACAAUCAGAAUCACAGUGCCGCAUUUAAGGAUCACGAGCCGCCCGAGGCGCCGGACUAUGACAAGGACUGCAACGGAGCGCUCAACUUGCACCACAACAACAGCAGCACCACCAACGACAACAACAUAUCCAUGAAUCUUGCUUGCAGAUCCGAGCCGCUCUCUGAGGGGGAAUUCAAUCCGGACGACAUUCAGCUCAUGCAGACGAAUUACAAUGGUGCCCAGAACUUUUACUCGCCGAGCAUCGAUCAGAACAUAUUGCAUCCGGACGUGAUUGUGGACACGGACAAUUUGUCCGAUUGCAGCUCGUCGGCAUCGUUGAAGAGCAUCGACAACAAGCGGAAGCUCUCCACGUCCACCGAUGGCGACAGCACCAACUACGAGCUCAUCGAGUAUCUGAAGCGACGCGAGAAACGCGACGAAGAGCUGCUCAAGCGGAUGGAUGCACGCGAGGAGCGAUUGAUGCAGUUGCUGGAGCGCACCGUGAUGGCCAUCGAGACGCUAGCUGCCGGCAAGGCGGCGAUGUCCUCCUCAGUCUCCGUUAACGCCUCCACCACCACCACCUCCUCCUCUUCUUCUUCCUCAGCGGCAUCCUCGUCAUCCUGCACAGCAACAACAGCAGCUCCACUCAAGGAAGCAUCUGCAAGUCAAGCUCCAGCUCCAACUCAAUCUUCUCAAUCCGCCGUUGCAGUCGAUGUUGACAUGGAGCCGAUUGAUGCUGAUGCAGACGAGGACGAGGCGGAUCCAGAUGCCGUUGUUGUUGUGCCCGAUGACAACACCGAUGACACAACGCAACAGGAGGAACAGGAGCAGGAGCAGGCAACGGAGACGUAGACGUAAACGUAAAUGGAAAGAAGUUCCCCGCAGAAAAAGGAAACUGUGCCAAAGACGAGCCAUGCCUCGAAUUUCUAUGAGAUUUGCAAUCGAUUACUUAAUAGCUCUCUCACCAAGUGCUUAAGGAUUCGCCCACAAAACCCCAAUCCCAAAUCCAAACCCAUACCAAACAAAUAACUGUCUGUCUCUCUUGUCCAAGUUGCAUAUUGCCAGCACUAACUUAAUUUUAACAUACAUAUAUAGGUUAAGGUUUUAAUCAAUCAAUCCACUUACCCCAAAAUGCAGCUGACUGCAGACUUGCCUUUUCAAAUCGAAACCAUUUAAGUAGUUAGUAUUUGCGUCACAUUUUUUUGAUCGGGUCUGCAUGUCCGCCUGUCUUUUUUUUAAUAACCUUUUUUUUAAUCGUUUUUAACCAAAUUAUUCGCGUUUAAGUUGGAGCUAAAAUGGGGCUCAAAUGCAUUUGUGCAGGAACAUAUUAAUAUGUGUGUGUAUGUGUGUGCGUGUGUAUAUUAUGUAUACAUCGAUAAUUUUUUUUAAUUUAGUUAAAUACACAAACA